CACAUGCACAGACCGACUUUACGUAAAUAUGAGUCAGGUUCUUAAGACAACGGUUCAGAAUACAUGAGCAUAACUUAGAUUUUUUAAAUACAGUUUACUUGGUAGAAGCACAAGCAGGGUAACAGGGCCUUCAUUGUCCACUGCGUAGAUCAGUAUGGCGGACAGUGCACUCAAGUUGCGAUCGGCAAGUUUGUACAGUCUCUAUGUACUGCUUUUGCUGCUCAUUGCAUAUCUUCUUAACCAGCUUGACAGGUAUACCUUGGCCAUAGUGACCCAGCCUAUGGCCCAAGAGAUUCACUAUGGAGACCAUGGAUGUUUAGACAACACUGAAAAUGUGACACACAAGGAAAAUUCAACCGUGACCUGUAAAAAGAUUUUGAAUGAAACCGAGUGCCUUCUUGCUACAGACUACUAUGAAGAUGAGCUGUGCAAAUGGGAUUACAAUGGGCAAGGUUUUGAAUACCAGAUUGUGGCCGGCCCAGUCUUCAUCCUCAUCUACACCUUUACAGGGAUAUUCCUGGGUUUUGCUGCAGACCAGUACAACAGGAAGAAUCUCUUGGCAUUCUGCCUCAUGUUUUGGUCCCUCAUGACUCUGUUGACAGGAUUUGUGAAGGAGUAUUGGCAGUUGGUGUUGCUGAGGUUUGGACUAGGAUUUGGAGAAGCUGGGUGUACCCCAUUUGCAGCCUCACUCAUUGCUGAUUACUUUGAUGAAGCUCUGCGGGGCUCUGCACUGGGGGUGUACAACUGGGGCAUCUAUACAGGAUACAGCCUGUCUUAUGCUCUUGGAGACUUUAUCACCAGGGCCAAUAUCCUGGGACAGGGUUGGCGCUGGGUAUUUAUCAUAAGUGGAAUUCCUGGGCUGGUGUUUGGGAUUGUCAUAUUUCUUACUGUAAAAGAACCAGAGAGAAGACUAAACCAAGGAGAGAUGAAGAAGAAUGAAGAUGGGAUUUCGCUCAGAGAAAAACUACACACAACCAUUCGGCCAUUUCUGUCCCCUUCCAUGAUUUUGCUUUGCUUGGCUGGGUCCAUUAGAAAUGCAGGUGGCUAUGUCUGGGCAUACAAUACACACCCCUAUUUUGAGGCCAUAGGUCGCCCCACAGAUGAGAUAGGCACCUAUAUGUCAGUGAUCCCGCUUGUUGGGGGAAGCAUUGGAGUAGUAUUAGGUGGUUUUAUAUCAGAUGUGAUUGUAAAGAGAAGAGGACCCACUGCCAGAGUGUUAGUUCUGGUUGCAAGUCAGGUUCUUGCUGCUCCAUUUGCGGCAGGUGCUCUGUUUCUUCCUGCUCCUUGGGCCUACAUCAGUCUGAUUCCUUCAAACAUCAUAGGAGAGAUGUGGGUAGGAGUCACACUGGCAGUAGUAGUGGAGCUGGUCCCCUCUAAAGUCCGUACCUCGGCUGUGGCGGUAUACCUGUUUAUUAUCACCAACAUCGGAGGCAAUAUUCCUCUCCUGGUCCCUCCACUGCAGACAGCUUUUGAGGUCAUGACUGAUGACAAGGCAGAGAGUUUGAGAUAUGCACUUUAUAUAUUGUUCCCUGGUUUGUAUGUGGCAGGCGCAUUCCUCUUCCUCCUGACUCUUUGUAUGCUCAAGAGAGAUAUUAGAAAAGUAGAAAAUUACAAUUAUGUACAACUUGAAGGCUCACAGCAUGAUGAUGAUGAAGAUGAGGAGGAGGAUGAAAGUACUGGCAUUAUAGGGGACAGGGAAAGCAAACGCACAUCAUGAAUGAGGAUUUAUUUGAAUACAAACUGGCAGGGUUAUGUGAGCUGUUCUGGAAGCCUAGGCAUACUGAUGUGGAAUAAUGAUGUGACGCUGUAAGAAGCAAGGCAAUCUUCAUUUAAACAUUCACAAUUGUUGUCUAUUUUUAUACAAGGACUACUGGCACUAGUAUGCCUAAGCUGUCUUGGAUAUAAUGCUUUGCUGUAUCCUAAAGCAUCAAGGACUUACUUUUAAUUUGAUUUUGAGCAACCCUUGAAGCAGAAUUUUACAUUAACACAACCGCAGGGUGCAAAUUGGAUUUUUCUUUCAUUUUGGGCAGAUUUUUGGGGAAGGACCAACUUUUUGAGUGGUUCUCAGGAGAGUUAUUGUUAAGUAUUUUUUCAUUUAUUUAAAAAACAGAUUUUAUAUGACUAAUCCCCAGUCCCCAGCACAGUUCAUACCCAGUUUUAAGGUUAUAAAAAGAGGAAAAUGAAAAAAUAAAAGAACGCACAAAGAACAUAACAAUUAAGGUUUCACCUUUUUACAAUAGUUUGUGCAAUUUUUACCAUUGUAAGAAAUUAAUGGAUCUCGAAAUCGUAUGAAAACCAAUGUUAGACAAAAAUAUUUUACAGAUAAUCAUAAUUUAAAACUAUCAACAAUGUCAUUCAUGAAAGUGUGGAUUAUUGAGUUGAUUUAUGUAGCCAAUGCUUCAAACAACCACUUCUUUCCUCAUGUAAGAAAUUCUUGUUAUGUAAAUGAUAAAUGCCAAAGUUCCAACUUUGAUCCUGUUGAAUUCUAUAUACUGUUUAGGAAUUCACUGAUUAUAUUUAUAUAAUAUGAAGGAAUAAAAUGAGAAAAAAAUUAU